GUAUAUUGUUGUAGACAGUUCCGUCAAUUAGGGUUUUCGUCGGCCGGAAUUUCCAGACAACCAAGGUCAAAAACUUUGCGGGUCAAGAAGUCGAACAGUUUGAGAAAGAGAAGACGAUUGUUUAGCUCUUCAUUCCAAAGAACAAAGGCAGUUUAGAGUUAUGGCAGAGACUAAACCAUUGAUUGGUCUAAAAUGGGAACCAAAGCUUCCAGGCUUAUCCUUAGACUCGACAACUGGUUCCAGUUUAAGCAAAAGAGCUGAGAGUCACGAAAGCAGUUCGCUCUGGAUGUCUAAGUCAGAGCUUGUCGAUGGUCUUUGUCUUCCACCUAAUGAUCCAAAGAAGAUUAACAAGAUGAUUAGGAAACAAGUCAAAGAUACCACUGGUUCAAACUGGUUUGAUAUGCCUGCACCAACAAUGACUCCUGAGUUAAAAAGAGAUCUUCAGUUGCUUAAGUUGAGAACUGUAAUGGAUCCUGCUCUACACUACAAGAAAUCUGUGUCACGGUCAAAACUAGCUGAAAAAUAUUUCCAGAUUGGAACAGUAAUUGAACCAGCUGAAGAGUUCUAUGGAAGAUUAACAAAGAAGAAUAGAAAAGCAACUCUUGCUGAUGAGUUGGUGUCAGAUCCCAAAACUUCUCAGUACAGGAAGCGUAAAGUUAAGGAGAUUGAGGAGAAGACAAGACUGAUUGCAGCAGAAUUGAAAGAUCCAAUCUCGAGAGCACCAAUGCUUACUUUCAGGCAGUGCUUAAGUUUCUUCAUGGUGCUUUUUGAGUCAUCUGGCACUGACCAUGCUACACAUAAGAGCAUUUUUCGAAAGAAGACAGUUCCAUCAAUUAGGGUUUUCGUCGGCCGGAAGUUCCAGAGGCGUAUCUUGAAUCUAGACAUGGGGUCUCACGAGCAAUCGCCAGAGAAAAGUGAUUCGAGCACUGUGUCUAAGAAAGUUGCGGAGAUUUGGCAGCGAAUGAACGAAGGAGUUCCAAAUAAACGGCUCAAUUUUGCCUCAACCGCCUUGCCCGCUAAAAAACCAGCUAAUAGCAAUUGGAAAAGUUAUCUUGGUGUGGGUGCAAAGAGGAAGGAUCAUUGCGUUUCGAAUGUACAAAAGGAAGAUAGCGUUUUGAAUUAUAGUUGUAGUGAGGAGGCUAAAGGUAUUGCUGCAGCUGCUUUAGCUGCGGUGAGAAAUGCAACUGUAACGGCUGCAGCUGCAUCGAGCCGGGGCAAGAUUGAGAUAACUGAGGUCAAAGACUUUGCGGGUCAAGAAAUCGAAGUAAAGCGGUUAGUUGAAGCGGAUUCAAAGGAAGCAUUUGAGCGGGGAAACAAAGGCUCCUCUUCUUCCUCGGCUGCGCCUUCAGCGGUUGAUGCGGUUCUCGAGCAGAUAAAAAAGAAACAAAAGCUGAGUGUUUUGGACAAGACGAAGAAAGAUUGGGGAGAGUACAAGGAGGAAAACAAAGGAGUUGAAGACGAGCUAGAUAAGUACAAGAAAAGCUCGGAUCAGUAUCUCGACAAAGUUGGUUUCUUGGAGAGAGCUGAUUACAGACAGUUUGAGAAAGAGAGAGACGCUCGUUUAGCUCUUCAGUCCAAGAGAAGACACGAUGAUGUAUGAAAUAUGCCCGACGACUCUUUUAACAUGUAAGAAAUCAUUUUCUCAAGU